CGGAGAAUUCAUGCCUGCUGCACCAACCCGGAAGUGCGCCGCUGUUUGAAAGAUGGCGGACGUUCCAAGUGAUGCACCAGAACACUGUCCGGGCACAAGCAGUGACCAGGCUGGUAAAUCAUCUGCAUGUCAGGGAUGUCCAAACCAGAAUAUAUGUGCAUCUGGUGCUGCCAAAGCUCCUGAUCCUGCUAUUGAGGAAAUCAGACAGAAGAUGACGUCUGUGAAACACAAGAUUCUAGUUUUGUCUGGGAAAGGGGGUGUUGGGAAGAGCACAUUCAGUGCACAUUUAUCUCAUGCUUUAGCUAGUGAUGACUCCACAGAGGUAGCUCUGCUAGAUGUGGACAUUUGCGGACCGUCCAUACCAAAAAUGAUGGGGUUGGAGGGUGAACAGGUUCAUCAGAGUGGCUCCGGCUGGUCUCCAGUGUAUGUAGAGGACAAUCUGGCCGUCAUGUCCAUUGGCUUCCUGCUCAGUAGUCCAGAUGAUGCUGUUAUCUGGCGAGGGCCCAAAAAGAAUGGUAUGAUCAAACAGUUCCUAAGGGAUGUAGACUGGGGAGAAGUGGACUAUCUGAUUGUAGACACACCCCCAGGAACCUCAGAUGAGCACCUGUCCAUCGUGCAGUACCUCAGCGGCGCUGGUAUCGACGGGGCUGUGAUCAUCACCACUCCACAGGAAGUGUCUUUGCAGGAUGUGAGAAAAGAGAUCCGAUUCUGUAAGAAGGUCAAAUUGCCCAUCAUUGGUGUGAUUGAAAACAUGAGUGGCUUUGUUUGCCCUAAAUGCAAGAAUACAUCACAGAUCUUUCCUCCAACAACGGGAGGAGCACAGAGAAUGUGUGAAGAGCUGAAUCUCGCUCUUUUAGGCAGAGUACCCCUGGACCCACGGAUAGGGAAAAGCUGCGACGAGGGAAAGUCUUUCCUGACCGAAGUUCCAGACUCUCCUGCAGCGAUGGCCUAUCAGAGUAUAGUCCGAAAAAUCAAAGACUACUGUUCUCAUUCUUCUACAAAGGGUCCUUCACAGUAGAUCUUGGAUGAUGGGGUAUGAAUUCAGAAAGCAUUGUCUUUGGAUUGGUCACUCAUGAAAGAAAAAUCUUGAUGGAAAAUCAUUAUCUGUUCAAUCCACUUGAGCACUUUUGCAAACCAUAGAAAGUGUUACACAAAAGAAUCCUGCUGUAAAACUGUUGCCUUUAUGACUGUGUAACCCUUAUUCAUAAAAUAAUAUUAAAACAUUUCCUAAUUAAGAUUGAAAAAAUAUAUUUUUUUAAAUGUCUAAAUCUAAUUGAUGUUACUAAAAGUAGGGUCCAUAUGAAAACACUAUAAACAGAUUUACAGCAAAACAAGCCGGCAAA